GAUAAAAAUCAAUGAUGUAUUGGACACCACUUAAGCCUCUCAGCUUUCACUAUAUAUCAUCUCCACCAUUUGACUGCCCUUCCAACAAAAUUUCAUCCAAACUCUCCAAAACCAUGUAUUCAGUUUCAACUUCUUCUUCUACAUCUCAACUCUUGCAAGAUUUUCUUCCAAACUUCCAUUCCAGAAAAUUACUGUUACAUUACACACAAUCAAACCAAUCAUCAGCUCCUCCUCCUUACCCUCAAAAUUCCAGUUUUGAUCACAAUGUUUUGAUGGUUCUUUCGAUCAUCCUUUUUGGGUUAAUUUUUUCAUUGGGGAUAAACUUAAUAAUGAUCAGAUGUGUGCUAAGGGGCUCAAACGGGGUGGAUUCCGACUCUAUUCAAAACCCUUCUGCUGCAAUAGUCAACAGCGGAAUCGAGACAAAGGCAAUCAAGACUUUCCCUGUGGUGAAUUACUCGGCGCAGAUGAAUCUGCCAGGGCAGGACUCCGAAUGUCUGAUAUGCCUGUCGGAGUUUACGGCUGGCGAGCGCCUGCGGUUUCUACCGAAAUGCAACCAUGGAUUUCAUGUUCGUUGUGUUGAUAAGUGGCUUAAAUCGCACACAUCAUGCCCCAAAUGCAGGCAUUGUUUGCUUGAAACAUGCCAAAAGAUCAUGGGGUGUGAUCAAAGUAGCUCAACGGAAUUAUGCGUUCCAGCUCAGGACAUCAUUGUGAAUAUUCAACCAUUGGAACCUGAAGGUGUGGUGUGUGGUAUUAGGGGGGUUAGGUGAUAUGAUUCUUUUAUUUUGGCCAUUUGGUGGAAACUGGAAAUCCCUCUGCCACUCCAUUUGAAGGCGUUAUAUUCCAUGAGCGAAGCUAAUUUUGGAGUUUGAAAGGCACCCAAUUCACAACAUUGGAAUCAAGUCUUUCUUUGCAAUUAUUAGUUGAAUUUGCCUCAUUUUCCCUUCAGCUGAACAAGCUGAAUGAUGACAUUACUCUUAAAUAUGUGGAGUGACAAAAGAUUUGUGUUCAAGUUUUCAGUUGACAUCAAUCUUGAAUUCAGAUAAUAUCAUUCUCUCA